AUGGCGACUCAAGUUGAGCCUCCAAAUGGGAUUAGAUCGCAAGGAAAGCAUUACUAUUCCAUGUGGCAGACCCUGUUCGAGAUCGAUACCAAAUACGUGCCGAUCAAACCGAUCGGUCGAGGAGCGUACGGCAUCGUUUGCUCUUCCGUGAACCGGGAAACGAACGAGAAAGUUGCGAUUAAGAAGAUCAACAAUGCGUUUGAGAACCGAAUUGAUGCGCUGAGGACGCUGCGGGAACUGAAGCUGCUGCAGCAUCUUCGGCAUGAAAAUGUGAUUGCUUUGAAGGAUGUGAUGGUGCCAGUUCAAAGGAAGAGCUUCAAGGAUGUCUACUUGGUGUAUGAGCUCAUGGAUACGGAUCUGCACCAGAUUAUUAAGUCCUCCCAACCACUUUCUAACGAUCACUGUCAGUAUUUCCUCUUCCAGCUGCUUCGAGGCCUAAAGUAUCUCCAUUCUGCAAACAUUCUCCAUCGUGACUUGAAGCCUGGCAACCUUCUUAUCAAUGCGAACUGUGAGUUGAAGAUAUGUGAUUUUGGACUAGCACGUACUAGCACAGGAAAGGGCCAGUUCAUGACUGAGUAUGUUGUCACUCGUUGGUACCGUGCCCCUGAGCUCCUCCUCUGCUGUGACAACUAUGGAACAUCCAUUGAUGUGUGGUCCGUUGGAUGCAUCUUUGCUGAGCUUCUUGGCCGGAAACCUAUCUUCCCUGGCACAGAGUGUCUAAACCAGCUCAAACUCAUAAUCAACAUCCUUGGCAGCCAGAGGGAGGAGGAUCUCCAAUUUAUAGACAACCAUAAGGCGAAGAAGUACAUAAGAUCACUGCCAUAUUCUCUUGGUACCCCCUUCUCCCAUCUCUAUCCUGAUGCCCAUCCUUUGGCAAUCGAUCUACUGCAAAAGAUGCUUGUUUUCGACCCAUCAAAGAGGAUAAGUGUCCUUGAAGCACUCCAACACCCUUACAUGUCCGCGUUGUAUGAUCCCAGUAAUAACCCUCCAGCCGAGGUACCAAUUGAUCUUGACAUAGAUGAGGAUUUAGGAGAAGAGACGAUAAGGGAGAUGAUGUGGAAGGAAAUGCUUCAUUACCACCCUGAAGCUGCUGCAGGCAAUGCGGAACUGUUUUCCUGA